ACUUACCAGUACUGACAAGACGUUAGCGCGCCGCGAUGUCGACCAGCAACAAGCGAUCAGCAGAUGGAGAAGCACACGAGCAUGGCGCCGCGCCGAAGAAGCAGCGCGCGGUAGGCGCGCGCACUGGACAGGCAUGCGACCGCUGCAAGGUUCGCAAGAUUCGAUGCGACGCGCGAGCGGGUGGCUGCUCGCCGUGCUUGCAGAACAACACGGAAUGCAAGACCACAGACCGCAUCACCGGCCGCGCGCAGGCGCGAGGCCAUGUCGACCACCUUGAGAACGAGAAUGUCAACCUGCGCAUGUACAUUGCAGAGUUGACGCAACAGCUAAGGCAGAACAACAUCGAACCAGGACCCGCACCAGCAACAGGUGCGACUUUUGAGACGCCGAGCAACCCAUACGGCCAGCAAUGGGGUUCGCUACAGAAUGGCUUUGCACAGCCAAGAGCACAUGCAGAGCGCCAGAGCUCCAUCGCCUCGCUGUUACCCGAGUUUAGAGCAGGAUGUAUUGGAGACAACUACCUCGGCGUAGCUCCAGAGAACAAUUGGCUCAGCCCAAUUGAAGGCACGUCUCUAUCCCUCUUCGGCACCAAGAUCGACCUCGCAGAGUUCAUGCUACCGGAACCAAACGCGGAUGCAGAGGCUAUGUCUUACCAGACCUUCCUUGUCUACGCAUUUGGCAACGCCAAGCAGCAGGUACACGCGCCAGCCAUGCCGCCGUACGAGCAAUGCAAGCAAUUUGCCGAGUACUACUUCCGCUCAGUCGCGUGCUUCAUACCGAUGCUCCACAAGCCUCAUGUCAUGCAAUUGCUGGACAAGAUCUACCAGGAAGGAUACCAGCCCUCAGCCGCCGAGACUGUCAUGGUCAACACCAUGCUUGCUAUCAUGUACUUCCAAUGGAGUGCACGCAACGAGGGCGGCGAAGCCUCGCGCCAAGCUUGUUUCCAGCACUACCACUAUGCUCUCACUUUCGUGCCGCAAUUAUUGAUUAGCCAUAAACUCGAAGACAUUCAAGCGCUGGCGAUGAUCUGCGCUCAGCUGCGCAACCAGCCACGCCCAGCCGCAGCUUGGAUGUUCACCAACAUGGUGUUCGGUGUCGCCGUCGAGUCCGGUCUUCAUCGCUCAGCAAGCGCGUGGCCAAACUCACUGGAUCCGCAUACUAUUGAAAUGCGAAAGCGCAUUUUCUGGUGCCUGCUCCAGCUCCACGUCGGUCUCAGUGGCAGGCUUGGAAGACCCAUGCCUAUCCGCCUGGAGGAUUUUGAUAUCGAGAUUCCGUCACCCGUUAACGAUAACUUACCUGGCGAAGCGAGUACUUCCUCCUGGAAGAAGUGCUCCUUCCGCGGAGGCCUCGAAGGGUUCAAGAUGCUGAGAAUCUUGAUGCAGGUCUACAGCACCAUCUACUCGAUAAAAACAUCGGGCGGGCCAUACGACGUCACGGUCCGUCAGCUCGAGCGAGACCUGCAAGCGUACGAAGAGCAGCUGCCCCCGGAGCUGGCCGGCGGCCCAGAGACUGUUCAAGAGGACCGUGUACUUGCGCUCUACCUGCAAAUCGCACUCACCGAGUGCCAACUACUUCUGCACCACCCAGCGCUGUGUCGCACGAAUUUGCCGCACGUUGCUGCGACGAAUCUCGAUGCCUGCCUUGAUGCGAGCAACAGGAUGAUGCAGGCCGCAUCACAGCUCAAGCAGCUGAAGAGCCUCGAUACCACGCCGUUUUACACGGCGAACUUCCUCGCCGCAAUCUUCACUACACUUUUUGCUUACACCGAGAAAAAGGACAGCCUGUCACCCGCCGACUUCGCUAAGCUACGCCAGGACAUGGACACCUGGCUUGACGUGCUCGGUCCAAUCGGCCAGAUGCUCGGUACAGGCCUUCAGCUCCGGACCACCAUCUCUACCAUUGUCGACCGUCAUCUUGCAGAGAUUAGCGGCACCAUCGCGGCACACACGGCGUCCGCGGCGGUCGCAUCCGCUAAUGGCACCUCUGAUGAUGCAGGCCCAGGCACUUAUCAACCGCCACCUACCGCCAACGAAUACUACAACUACGGCAACUAUGUCACUCCAGCAGCCCCGGUGCCGAUAAUGAAUGGAUCAAGCUGGGAUCCCAUGGCUUGGCGCAACUUCGCAGAGAACAUGAUGAGCACGGCACCAGCUUCCCAUAUCCAACAACAAGGUCAAGCUGCGGCUUACGCCAACGGGUUCAUGUCGUCGAUGAAUCAACUCGGAAACGGCGCAGCUGGAGUAGGCGCCGGUAUGGCAUUGCCGGAUUCAUCGCAGACGUGGCCGUUGGUGCAGUACAGUCAUCUUAAUGGUAAUGCGUAAUGACAGAGACACCAGACCUAUUUAGCAGUCACAGGCACAGCGAUGCGUUGGUAUCAGCUUUCCCUGUCGUUCAUAGCUUUGUUAACGUACUGCUCCGGCCUUCAGCGCCACAUCUUCAUUGUGACC